AUGUUCGCUUGUAUGUUUGCUGCUACAAUACACUGCCGCCACUUAAUGGUAUGGAAAAUAUUUGCUCCAAAAUUAAUAUUCGAAGGAUUGGGUUUGUUUGUUACAAUUCCUAGUGUAUUGGUGGCAUAUUUAAUCACUAUCAGGAUCACUAGUGAAUUAGAAAAUCUGCUUAGCAGGCUAGAUAAAGUGCAAAGGUGAUGUGUACUGUUGGUUCUUAAUUUAUAUACCCAAAUGGUUAGAACUCCCAUGUGUCCAAAACAUCUGAAGACUUGGCAUUGUUAUAAUAGGACAUUGUUGUUUUUUACCUGUUUGUUAAUUUUUGAUAAUUUUAUAAAGCAUACACUUGUACACUGUACUUAUUAUUUCAGAUGCAAGAGGAAAGAACAGUACUGUGUGAUUAUAUUUCAAAUGAAUUCUUAACAUUAUUCAGAAAUGAUUGUUUAAUGAUUUUUCAGAUUCAUCUAUUUUCAUUUCUGUGAUUAAUAUGAUGAUUUAUUAUCCCAUUUAAUGCACAGAGAAAUUUCAUGUUUUAUCUCAGGUCUUAAAUAUUACUAUAUAUUUUUAUUCAACAAGUAAUGUUUGUUAGAAAUUUAAUUUACAGAUCAUUAAGUCAAACCAACUUUUAAAAAAGAUGGUUUGACAUAAUGUGUGCAUUUUAAUUCAGCAUUUGCUAACCUUCUUUUCUUAGUUAAAAUGUGAUUUGUUAGCAAAAUUGGGCAUGUUUUUGUUUAAAAUCAAAGUUAAAACUGCUGAAGUAAUUUUUGUAGAUGCAAGUAUUAUGUUUAUGGCUUCAGUGUUCAUAGGCUCAUAGCAAAAAAAGAGGAAAAACAGAAAUGAAACAAAUUAAUUUUUGAAGGACCCUAAGUGAUAGAUUAAAUAAUGUCACUCAGAACUAAAGAUAAAAAAGACAGCUGAAAGAAAAGUGAAUCUAUUUGUUCUUGGCAUAAUAAACAUUACUCUUAUAUAUAUAUAUAUAUAUAUAUAUAUUUAUAUAUAUAUAUAUAUAUUUAUAUAUUUGAAUUUCUUAUUUAUUGCUAAUUUACAGUAUUUUCUGUCCGUCAACAUGUUUUUCAUGUGCUAUUCAUGAACGAUCCUAUUAGUUAUUGGUCUUAAUAAUAAUAAUAAAUAUAAUAAUUAUUCAGGAUAUAUAAGACCUGUAAUUUUUUAGCAUAUUGUAUGCCUUGUCUGAACCCAUGUGAAAGAUCAUAUUCUUAUUUUAUUGAGAAUUAUUUUAGCAGAGCAUUCAUGAAGAAUAUGUCGUUUGGCAAUUCUUGAUAGAAGGGAAAUUUUUUCUGAAAAUGUUUUCAGUGACGUUAGAAUUAUAAAAACUGACCUGAUUUAUUUCUUUUAUGUUCUCAUUAACACUAGGAAGAUGGUGAUUUCCUUUAUACCUAGUAGGAAGAACCCGUCAUUUUGACAUGUGUUUUUUUUUAACACAAUCGUUAAUGCUCUGUUUUUGCUGUGUUAAUGCUUGUUCAGAUUUUAUUUCAUUGUUGUUAAAGAAUUUUAUUGAUGUACUAAAAUUUUUCUUACAUAUGUAACAAUGGAAACCUACAACAGUAGAUAGGGUAAUAUUUAACUGAACUAAAAGGUUUUCAUUUUAUCUUGUGAAUAUCUUUAUACUCGGUAAAUUUUAAUUAACCAAACCCUCCAAAAUCUUCAAAGCAGCAUGCACAAGUGUAAAAGAUGUUUCCAUCUCAUAAUCCACAAAUUUGUUGCAGUGAUUGUACUUGCUCCUGCCUCUUCAUCAUUCUCUAUGGAAGGUCUUGUGAAUGUCACUACUCUGAAGAGUGCUAAUUGCUUGGGGAAGAUUUUGCUUAUUUUUGUUAUAUAAACAGAUGCUAAUUCUUUUGAUAAUUUGAAGAUACAAUCUCAGCAAGAUGUUUUAUCUCCCGUUACCUCCAUGUAUAAUAUACAUACAUUAAUGACUGCGGUAUCCAGAACAUUGAACACUACCUGCAUUGACCACCACCUACAAUUUCACAGUAUAAAACAUGCAAUUUGAUUAAGUAUGUCAAUGCCACAUAUUGUUUCAUUAUAAAAUUGUACAGUCUGUGGAAGUUUCUUGGAGCUUUUUUCAUCAAUAACUACAUUUUUAUACAAUGUACUAAGAAUCACGUUUUUAUUUACUUUUCCCUGACAAGAUGCCAAAGAUAUUAAGCAAAUCUUAACACACGUCAAAAUGAUGGGUCUUCGUCCUUUUAGAAGUAUUUAUAAAUAUCGUAGUUAAAUUUCAGUGUACAUGGCUAUUUCUUUAAAUGUGUAGAAUAUGAUUAAAUAUUAAAAGCCACAAAGCACUGAAUUUACAAACCACAUAUAUUGUUAAGACUUUGAUGUAAAGGAGGCCACCUGUCAAAAUGACUGCUGCUGUCCUCCUAGUGUUAAUUAAUGCAAAUCUAGUCGAACAACAAACAUAAUGUUCCAAAUCAAUGCCACAAAAUUCAAUAACAUCAAUGUUAUUUAAUUUACUUGGAAUAUCAUAUGGCCUUUUUUUGUUACUUUAUUAAUUCAAAUGGUUUUGUCUUUACCUCUUUUGUUGUUUUCUUAUUUACCUUCGUAACGUGUUGACUGCCAAGCCCCUUUUCAUAAACCAUUUCUCUAUACAGCUACUUUUUCAAAGAAAUAAAUCAUUUUUAGAUACCUAAGGCACUAGUUUGAACUUUCCUCAUCUUUUCAUUAAUUUACCUUGUAUUCGACGAUAUGGUCUCACGUUUAGAUUUACGAGAUUAAAAGUUAUCUGUGAGACCGUGUAGUUUUACACUUUUAUAAAAAUUGCAAGAGAUCAACAAUCUGUCAAUUGAUUUUUUAAAAAUUUUAUUAUUAUUAUUAUUAUUAUUAUUAUUUAGCAAGAAGAGGCAGUGUCUGAAUAAUUUGAUUUAAAUAUCUUUAGUAUUUCUUUAUUAGCUUCUAAUUUACAUCUAAAUGGAAAACAUUUUUACAAUAAUCAAAGAAAGUAGGAAAAGUGUGUUAAAAAAUUAGAUAACCUCUUUGGACCCAACCCAGUGGCAUUUCACUAAUUAUAAUAUCUUUUACUAAUCUGACAAACUUUCACCACAAUUACUCGCUUGAUAGAAGCCACAAACUAGUAAAUGCAACAAUACUGAGAAAUAUAUGCAAAAUUUACGUGCCUAAAGUAUCAUUGUGUAACUUGCACUUCAGAUGAGGGAGAGAAUAGAUGAAGAUAAAUUCCAAAAUCUUAAAGUCAUAAAUAGAACCAUGAUACACAAUGUAAAUAAUACAAGUAUAAUUAUAUUUACAAUAGUUAUAUACUGUUUAGUAUAUACUACAAAUAAUGGAAAAAAUACUGUUCCAAGAGUAUUACAAGAGCGAUUUGUUACCAAUAGGAAGCCUUGUACAUAUUUUCAUCAAUUAGAGACAUUUAAUUCAUUACUGAAGUUGUUUACAAUGAAGUGGAAAUAUUUCAUUAAAACGAUUCUGUGAGGCCAUAUGGUCUCAUGUAGUCAACCAUGAGACCAUAUGGUCUUACAUGGCAGUCAACGUGUUUUUUGUUUGUUUAUUUUUUUGUUGUUUUUUUCUCUCUCCGCUGAGAUUAGGAGAGAAAUUAAUAAAAAAAAAUAAUACCUGUCUACAGUGACAUGAGUAUUAGCCUAGCCAGUGACCAAAUUCUAUAGAACGCUUGGCGGAAGGGACAGUAAAUUUAUAGAAACUAUUUGGAACUUAAGCCAAGCUGUAAUGAAAUAAACACUACAGAAACAUAUUUGGAAAGUUUCAAAAUAAUAUUUUAAUUUUUCAUGUAGUCGAUGAGCAAUUUCAUGAAGGAUGGAAUUAUAAGGAAAGGAAUGUUGCAGUUUUAGUACCAUCUUAAUUCUGUUAAUUUUUUAUUCAGAAUGUUUUAAUGUUACAUUGUUUGCCUGCAGUCCAGAAAUCAUAACUUUCAGUAAUUGCAAACAACAUUGAUAUUAUCCAAACUAACAACCUGCAUAUGUUUCUAUAAUGUUUGAUUCACAUUCAAAAACAUAAAGUUUUGAUUACAAAUUUAUGUGAGUUAACCACAAAAUUGGGUCCAUUGUUCAGACUUUGAUAUCUGUAGUUUACUUCAUAUAUAAAGUUGAUAGUUCAAGUUCAGUCUGCAGCUAGAAGAAUAGACUAAGACAUUUCAGUACAAAUAUUAGCUACAUUGAAUUUUACAUUUUAAAUCUCUAAGAUAAAAUUUGCAUGAACAUUUUCCCUUCAGUUUGUGCAUUCUUAACAUGAUUAUUAGUAUCAUUGAAAGUAAUGUAAAAUUGAAUUCACUUCUAAAUUGUAGAUGUAUUGCACUUGCAAAUAAAGAUUAAUAUAACGGUUUAGAAUGUAUUCCGAAUUGUUGAUAUUAAAAUAUUCCGAGUCUUUUAUUCUGCAAUAAAUUGAGUAGAAAGAUAAAAAUUAGUUUUUAGAAAUAGUCCUCAUUCUCUUUAGUUCUCUUCCAGAAUAACUUGGAGUAUUUUUAAUAAAGUUUUUUAAAAAAUAUUUUGGUAUGUUAUAUUUACUUCGUGAAUUUUGCACAAUGCAACAGAUCAAAACGACAAUCUAUUUUCAAAUUUUCAUUCAGAAAAAUGUUUCAAUCAAAUUUGUAUGUUUGAUUUUUAGUAAAAUAAUUUUGCUUUCCUUCCAAUAAAAAAAAUUCAUUUUAUCUCGUUUUGUGCAUCAAAUGUUUUACAAAUUUUCAUUAUUCAUCUUGAAUCAUGUUUUUUCUGUCAUCCAUAUAGUAUGUGCCUUAUUCAGCUACUUGUAUGUAUGUCUAUGUGUUAUCAAGUGUACAUGAGUACUGGUAUGUGAGUAAGAUACUUCUUAUACUGUUGAGUUUUAAAUAGAUUUUUAGUACAUGAAAAUUUUUAUUCUGAAAUAAUGUGUCGAUCUUUAGUUUAUUUUUUACUGAUGUGAUAUGAGAGUCUUGAAGAUAGUUUUUAAUAUACAAACAUUUAGUCUCUUUGCAUUUUGUUGAAUUAAUCUUCUUAUCUCUUGCUUUAUGCAAUAAAGAAAUCAACAUAUUUCCAUAUUCUGAUUAAUAUAUUAUUGUAUUAUCAAUCUUGUUCAUGCCUCCAUUUAUAAAACCCUAAAGUUUUAGGUGAGAGUUUUCUGUUUUAAUGAUUAGAAUGCUAAUGAUAUUAGUUUCAUAUACUUCCAUUUCCCACAAUUAAUGUAUUCAAAAUAAUGAUCCCUCAAAAAAUUACUCAUUAAACAUGUCACAAUUUACAUUUGAUGUAAUGGUGAUGAUAAUUUAAUCAUGUAGCGUUUAUGGCAUCUUGGAGAUGAGUAUUAUAAUUGAUGUAUUAAUUUAAUAUAAAAAUGGUUAGUUCUUAAUUGAGGGUCUGAUUUUUAGUUGAAGAAAUGUUUUCUUCUCUUUUAUUUUCUAAUUGUUAUGUGUUACCAAAAAGCAAUAUUUACAGAAAUGGUUUAUAUUAUUUGACUUUGGAGGUGUAAGGGUUGAAAACCGUUUUAUUUGAUAUUAAAUGCUAUGUGAUAUUGUUAAAUUGUUAUGCUUUGUAUAAUGUUCUUUGAAAGAAAUGUUGUAGUUAUGCAUUACAUUUACUAUUACUACAUUAAAUAAAAAUAAGUUUUACAGACUCCAGAAUAAAUCAGAUU